CUCUCUCCGUCCUUCCUUCCCGUUCACUCCUAAUAGGAUAAUUGAUAGAAAGCCCAAAUAGUCGAUACCGGCGGACUCAGAAAGGUCUUCGGAGGCUGCGGAGAGAAACUUUGAUGCGCUGCGCUCUUUGCGGCGAGCGGCAGGUCGCAGGAGGACUUUGAGAGGCGGAGAUGCUCUGAGAUCUGAAGACUUUGUGAACGCGAAGACUUUGACGGCGUGUGGAAACUCGCGCUCUGCAGAUAUGGAUCAGGGGGCAGUGUGUGCCGGAUGCCACCAGCUGAUCAGAGACCGAUUCCUGCUCAGAGUCACUGACGGCCUUUGGCACGAGGGCUGCGUGCGGUGCGCGGCGUGCGGGGACGCGCUCCGCGCCUCCUGCUUCCUGCGGGGCCGCAAACUUUACUGCAAGCGGGACUACGCGGAUCUGUUUGCAGUGCGUUGUGGGGGCUGUGCCGAGGCCAUCUCUCCCGCAGAACUGGUGAUGCGUGCGGGGUCCGCUGUGUUCCACCUGCGCUGCUUCACCUGCAGAGUUUGUUCCUGCCGCCUGCAGACCGGAGACCGCUGCGUCCUCAGAGAGGGACAGCUACUGUGUGCCAGAGAGGACUUUCACCGGUGUGCGGCCAGCCAGACCUCCUCGGACACAGGCAGAAGUAAUGACGAAGAAGAGGAGGAGGAGGAGGAGGAGGAGGAGGAGGAAUCUGCAAGGGUCAGAGGCAGAAGAGUUCGAUCCGAAGACCUGGAGAGCAAGCGUCCCAAAAGACCACGCACUAUUCUGACAACCCAACAAAGACGGACCUUUAAAGCCUCCUUCGAGGUCUCAUCGAAGCCUUGCAGAAAGGUAAGGGAGACCUUGGCAGCAGAGACUGGUCUGAGCGUCCGGGUUGUGCAGGUCUGGUUCCAGAACCAAAGAGCCAAAAUGAAGAAGCUGGCCAGGAGACAACAGCAGCAACAGGAUCAACAGCGAACGCAGGAGCAGCGAGAGCAUCCGCCACAUCACACAGCACCCUCCUGUGGCAGUUUGACAUCUGAGCUUGAACACCUGGGGUCCUCCUAUACCCACAUUCAGCAGCAGCAGCAGCAGCACUUGGCCCUCACCACGCUGGAGCCGCAGGACUACGACAUGGACCCCUUCAGACAGGGCCUGACCCCUCCUCAGAUGCCCGGGGAUCACAUGCACCCCUACGGUUUUAAGGGUCUGUACGGCGCCAUGGACACGGACCCUCUGUGUCACGUGGCUGAUAGCGACUGCCUGUCCCUGGGAGACUCUUCACUGCUCACCCCUAUUGACCGCCUCUACUCCAUGCAGGACUCUUACUUCACCUCCUGAGGUCGAAGCGCCUCGUCUCCCUCACUCUCCAUCGCUCUCCGGUCUCAUAAUUUCUCUGUCUGUGCCGUGCACAAGGUGUAGUUGAAGAAGUGGUUGCAAAAUCACCUCCAAGGGGUUGUGGGUACGCGGUGAUCCCGCGCGAUGUACCGCAUGCACGUGGACACGAUUACACGGCUGCCUCUUAUGCUUUACCGUCCCACGGUACUGUAUGCACGACGCUGUCUGACCUCUCUCACUCAUGUUUGAAUGCCAGAUCAUGAUAUUGUUACUGCAUCUACUAAUGUAAAUAAUGGUUUGGGUGUGUGUAUUUAUUCUCGCAAUGUGUGUAUGACGUUCACCUUGAAUGAAUCAACAAGGAACAAUAAACAAUGCUGAUGAAACAGUGAA